AGAAAAAAGAAAAGAAAGAGAGAAAGGAAAGAAAGGACUCCAAAAGAGUGCAUUAGAGGACCUCCUGAGCUUAAUAAAGUUCUCCCAUCUUUGGCUGAGAUUAAGGCAGUAACCAGACCUUCAAAACAUGCUGAUCUCCCUGUUGAUGUUUUGUUACUGACAGUGAAGGAUUGUGAGUUUUUAGCUUGUUACAGUGAGCUUAAGAACCCGUAUAGAUGUUAUUUUGAUGACCUCGGUUAUGUGUACUUUUCUGACGUGAGUGAAAGUCAAGAGCAAGUUAAAGUUGCAUUGUUAAGAUGCUACAAAAGUGGUCCUGGUGGUUCUCUCAUCUCUGUAAAGAAUGCUGCCACUGUGCUAAGACCUAAAGCAGUUAUAUCUGUUGGUGCAUGUAGUGGUCUUAACUCUGUGAAAUGCAAGCUUGGAGACAUUGUUGUUUCUGCCAAAUUAACAACUUAUGCAUCCAAAGUGGUGAUUUAUAAUCAAGAAGAGUCAACUGGCACGAGGAGUUAUGUGAGCAAGCGCUUCCUGAAUGUCAUUAAGAAUUGUGCUGAUGGCUGGCAAGCACCGUUGAAGAACCUGGCUGAUGCUGAACAAGUUCAAGUUUACACUGCUGCUGAGUUUCUGAGUGGACCAGAACAAGUCAUUUCUGGACAGCGGCGUGAUCAACUUGCUGAAACCAAUCCUCAGGCAGUAGCAAUGGAAAAUGAAGGAGAAGGUAGGUGGACUGAUUUCUUGCAGCCAGUCUUUAUAAGCAGGUGCACAGAGCCAGGUUAAGCUUUGCCUGCGGUGAAAAGAGACAGAACCAGCAUGCAUCAUACUUAUAAUACUAGGAAANGUGAGUGAAAGUCAAGAGCAAGUUAAAGUUGCAUUGUUAAGAUGCUACAAAAGUGGUCCUGGUGGUUCUCUCAUCUCUGUAAAGAAUGCUGCCACUGUGCUAAGACCUAAAGCAGUUAUAUCUGUUGGUGCAUGUAGUGGUCUUAACUCUGUGAAAUGCAAGCUUGGAGACAUUGUUGUUUCCGCCAAAUUAACAACUUAUGCAUCCAAAGUGGUGAUUCAUGAUCAAGAAGAGUCAACUGGCACGAGGAGUUAUGUGAGCAAGCGCUUCCUGAAUGUCAUUAAGAAUUGUGCUGAUGGCUGGCAAGCACCGUUGAAGAACCCGGCUGAUGCUGAACAAGUUCAAGUUUAUACUGCUGCUGAGUUUCUGAGUGGACCAGAACAAGUCAUUUCUGGACAGCGGCGUGAUCAACUUGCUGAAACCAAUCCUCAGGCAGUAGCAAUGGAAAAUGAAGGAGAAGGUAGGUGGACUGAUUUCUUGCAGCCAGUCUUUAUAAGCAGGUGCACAGAGCCAGGUUAAGCUUUGCCUGCGGUGAAAAGAGACAGAAUAGCAUGCAUCAUACUUAUACUAGGAAAGCAAAAAUGUGUUUCCUUUAAAGCGUCAAAAAGUCGUGAGUUUGGCACUUUAAAUCGUGUCUGUUACUUUCAUUGGGAAAUCCUCUUGUUUUUGCCAGAGCAAUAAUUGCCAUAUUGCCUAAAACAUUACGCAGCUAAAUGAAAUUUAGGCUAAAAUAAACUCUAGACAUUGCUGGCCAGUUAAUUUGUUUUUUCAAAUGAGAUGGCUCUUUAGGGACCCUGGGGAAUUCACAGCUUCUCUGUUGAGGUCAUACCAUUACAUUCAUGUAGUUUAAUAACGUUGCUAGUACUUGUCAAAUGUUCUGCUCCUUACCCUGCCUUCCCUUUGUUAAGUACAGUGGAAUCCCGUUAAUACUGUCACCAAUGGUUCAAAACAACAAUGUUUGGCUGUAUUACCAGGGCAGGGUCAAACUUCAUGACUUAAGGACAGUCAUGACAAACACACCAUACAUCGCUUUCACACUUCUUGUACAACUGUGUUCUCUGUAGUAACAACAGGAAUUAUGUAGAUAUUGUGUACCAUAAUUGUAAAAAUGUAUUGGAACUCCUUCAGUACAUAAAACACUUUUAAAAAUCGGCCACAAAUGCAUUUAAGUGACUAUAGUCUAAAAACGGUAGAAAAACAAGCUCAGCUUACUAGGUCGAUGAAAUUGACAUGUAACAGACAUUUUAAUUUUCGAAAUUUCUGAUGAGUGACCGUAUUAAUGGGGUGAAAUUGUAAAAGAUGCUACUCUUUGGGAUGUUAAAAGGUGGCUGUUGGGCACAUUAAUGGUGACUGUAUUAACAAGGGUUUUUGAUUAGAAAAUGUAUGGCCAUUUUGGCAGGCCAGAGAAAAGUGGCCAUAAUAACAAGGUGACUGUAUUACCAAGGUGACCGUAAGGCAGGGUUCCACUUUAUACAGUAAGUAAGCUCCACUGGUUUGCUGUGACAUGGUGCCUGGUUGAUUGCCACUCACAGGGUUGUCAUGGUUACCCACUGCACUCAGCUGCCUGAGAGGCACUUCCCCCCACACUCAUCUUUAUUGAUGAAUUUAAAUUACGCUACAUUAUACAAAAAUGGCUACCAACACCUCCUACUGUCUCGUCAAGUAUCUUAUUUUACUGAGGAAGACACUUUAAUGAAACGGCUCUUUUCCCAAAACUCAUUUAAUGUUUGUUUUGUUGUUUAACAGGAGUAUUUACAGCAGCAUUUGAUUGUCAAAUUGAGUGGUUAAUUGUGAAAGGAAUAGCUGACUAUGCAGAUGGUUCUCAGUUAGCUUCAGAGAGUUGGUCUUCCUGUGCCAGUAUGAUGGCAGCAUCUCUUGUAGCACACAUUUUGAAUGAACCCUGUGUUUUCCAUUCAUGGCCUCAUUAUCAAGGUAAUCAUGCUCUCAUAAAGUGCUGCCACAUUUCAUAUGAUUUAUUGAAUCCAUUGUUGGGUUCUUUCAUAAUACAGUCACAGAUAAGCUACAUGGUGCACUGUGGUUGCAUGCCAUCCCAAAUCAGCAGUCCAAUACUCACCACUUGUUCCAGUUGUUUAAGUUGAGACUAAAUGCGGUGCAACUCGUAUGAGUAGUAGGAGUUGUCACAAAAUUUCUGCCAUUUGUGUGAUUUGCAAUAUUUAGAAGCUAACAUGAUAGUCUCGCAUCAUACGUAAAUCCUCUAUUAAGCCCCCUCCCUCUAAUCACUGUCUAAUACCCCCCCACCCCUUUUCAGGAGAAGAAAGUUAAUAAGCGCCCCUCCCCUCCCCUAAUUAUUCUUCACUAAUAAAUGAGAGCCUGUAUUAAUCAAUCAUGACUGUAAAACUUCAUGUGGACAGAUCCGGGAUGGUGUAUUUACCAACUAGAAGUUCGGAUUUGAUUGUGAUCCGUGGCUGCAUAACCUCCAAUCUAGUUCUUUAUGGAGAGCUGAUACCAUCGUCUUUUCUAAGUUAAUUAUGACUCCCCCCUCUGCCGCUCUCUCUCACCUCUGUUAAGACCCCCAUUAAUUGGGCUUGAAAUGAAUAAGCGCCCCCAGGGGGCUUAAUAGAGGAUUUACGGUAAUGAUAUUUUGACAUUUGACAUGCAUAUCUGGACAGUGGUGAAAAUGAUAUCAUUGUUCUGUUCGUCAUCAAUGUAUCAAUAAAAUAUCAAUUUUUUUUAUUUAACUAAUGAGGGUUUCUUCGACAGGACCGCAACCACAACAGUUAAUCACCCACUAUGAUGAGAAUCACACUACAUCACCAUCUACCGCUCCAUUGAGCCUCGAACCCCCGCCAGAACCACAGCAACAAGAAUAUGAUGACAAUCCAACCAAACAGCAACCAUCAACCGCUUCAUCCAGCAACGUUUCUCUUGAUUCGUUAUUCAGCCGCACUCAAACAAACGAGGAAACCUUAAUCGCUCCUUUCAUCGAACUUACGAAGAAACAUGUCCGAGAAGUCACCGACCAACCUUACGGAGAUCUUAAAUCACCUUUUCAUAAUCCAGGCGAAGGACCUAGAAGAGAUCUAAAACUUGACGAAAUCUUCACCAAUUUGAUUGUUUACAGGGGGAGAGCUAAGUAUGACUUUUCUGGAGACAGAGUGGAACAACUAAAAGAGUACCACAAAGCCAAUGAAAAUUUACGACCAAUACUGCCAGGAGAUAUUUUUGAUGCUAAAGAGCGGAAGAUUCUUGUUGUUGGUCGUCCUGGAAUUGGAAAAACUAUGUUUAGCACAAAGAUUCUUCGCAACUGGGCUUGUGAUAACUUAUUGAAUGGAUCACAAAAAUUACAAAUGGAUUUUAAAGCUGCUUUUCUCAUUAAGCUGAGGAUGUUUAACUCUACAAUAAAAGAACUAAAUCUUCGCGAGCUACUUGAUCACUCGGAAUAUUCAACAGCUCUUUCCGAAGAUUUCUGGAGCUACAUCCGCCACAACCCAGAGCGAGUACUGGUGAUUUUUGAUGGAUUUGACGAAUAUUCUGGUAGAACUAAAACAAAUGAAGAUGACAUUCCGUACAGAAACAGUGAAGAAGACAGGAUGCCUGUUUUUUUCCUUAUGAAGAAAAUAGUACAGGGAAAAAUUCUUACCGGUGCGACAAUCCUAACGACUACAAGACCCAAUGCCGUGUCAUGUAUGACAAGUCUUGACUUUGACAAAACGGUUGAAAUCCUGGGAUUCUCAACUGAGCAAGUAAAUGAUUAUGUACAGAAGUUUACAAAGCAGGAGGACAAAGCUCAAACCAUAAAGCAACACAUCACAAGUAACUUAAAUCUCUUAGCCUUCUGCUACAUUCCUGUGAAUUGUUUCAUCAUUUGUUCGUGCUUGUUAGAGUUGCUUGGCAACACUAGCUUAACCAGCCUCCCGACAAGACUGACAGAAAUAUACUCCAUUGCAAUAAAGAUGUUUUACUUUAGUUACGAUGAUGGUCAAUAUCGCCACAAUAAAACUAAAGGUCGACCGCUUUUUCUAAAGCCGUUUAAGAGACUGCCCUCCUCUGUGCAAAAAGAGUUCACACAUCUGGGAAAAAUUGCUUUUGAUGGGAUCAAAGAGGGAAGAUUAAUAUUUGACUCACAUGAAGUUAACGACCUAGAGAGUAAUGGCCUGUUUCACCGUUUACCUGAUACUAAAGACCAUCCUUUAGCAGAGGGAAGAGAACAAUAUUGCUUUUUACACCUGACCGUACAGGAAUUCUUGGCGGCGAAGUAUUUGGUAGACACGUUGAGUUCCGAAGAACUACGAAACUUUGUUUCCGAUCACAUCAAAGAUGGCGCGUGGUUGGUAGUGAUGCAGUUUGUGGCUGGACUGCUGGCUGAAAAAGGACAAUCAACAGAUAUUUUCAGCGACCUUCUUCCCUCAAAAACUCAAUGAUUUCUUCAAUUUUAGUUCAACCUACUUCUGAGUCUCCUUGCUUGACUUUGUGACUGCACCACCGGUCGAGCACUUCUGGUUCGAAAUCACCACUGCGAUAAGUUAACGUACAUACUCUUGUUACGCUCUGAUCAAGAAGUUCAAAAGAAACUAGAGAAGAUUGGUUGCAAUGCGCUUUAUUUUAGUUGGUGUAACGUGUCACCUCUCGACUGUUUAGCAUUAGUGCAUGCACUUAAAUCUGUUGAAGGAAUUUUGGAUUUUGAUUUAAGCUUCAACAACCUUCCGUUGCGAGGAUGUAUUGAGAUUGCGAAGUUGUUGCCUGGCAACCAACACAAUCAGGGUUUUUGCGAACUAAAAAGAUUAGACCUCAGGAGGAACCAAAUAACUGAUGAAGCAGUUAAACAUUUAUCUACAGCACUCACACACACUAACUGCAAACUAAACAGCUUAAACCUCGGUCGUAACAUCAUAACUGAUAAAGGAGUUAAACAUUUAUCUACAGCACUCAUACACACUAACUGCAAACUAAACACCUUAUACCUCAAUAAUAACAACAUAACUGAUGAAGCAGUUAAACAUUUAUCGACAGCACUCACACACACUAACUGCAAACUAAACAGCUUAGACCUCGGGAGUAACAACAUAACUGAUGAAGAAGUUAAACUUUUAUCUACAGCACUCACACACACUAACUGCAAACUAAACAGCUUAGGCCUCGGGAGUAACAACAUAACUGAUGAAGGAGUUAAACAUUUAUCUACAGCACUCACACACUCUAACUGCAAACUAAACAACUUAAACCUCGGGUAUAACAAGAUAACUGAU